AUGCCUACAAAAAGCCAACUCAACGCCCAAAACUGCCGCCAAUUCACUCAAACCCUCCACAAAACUCCAUACCCAGAACUGAACCCCUCAACAAACCCCCUCCCAAACAACUACACAGUCUGCAUCCUAGGCGGCCACGGCGCAGCAGGAACAGGCCUAGCAAAAGCCUACACUACAGCAGGCGCCUCAGGAAUAAUCCUCGCAGCACGAACAAAACCAGCCCUAGAAGAAACAGCCACUGAACUCCGACACAUAAACCCAAAUAUCAAGAUCGUCAUCGUAGAAUGUGAUAUCACAUCUAGUUCAGCCGUCCAGGACCUAGCACGCACAGUUACACGCGAGUUCAACUCCAGGCUUGAUGUCGUUCUCGUUAACUCUGGAUUCUCUGGUCCGAUGGUUAUGGAUGUAAAGGAUGAAGAGCCUGAUUGGUUUAAAUUGGCCUUUGAGGUUAAUACCCUUGGGACGUUCCAUGCCGCGCAUUAUUUGUUGCCGAUGCUGGUGAGGGAUGAUACUGGGAAUGGCGGUGGUAGUUUCAUUGCGAUUUGUUCAAUGGCUGCGCCGACUGUUGCUGGGUUUGGGGCCCAUGCUCAUUAUUGUGUGAGUAAAGCUGCUCAGGCGAGACUUGUUGAGAUGGUUUAUGAGCAGUAUGCUGGCCGGGGGGUGUUUUGUGCUAGUGUUCAUCCUGGUGGUUUGAAGAGUGAAUUUUCUAAGUGUAUGCCUGAGGAGUUUAUGCACUUGUUGACUGAUAGUCCCGAUUUGGUUGGUGCUUUUUGUGUUUGGCUUACUAGGCCUGGAGGGGAGCAGAGGGAGGCUUUGAAUGGUCGUUUCCUUUCUUGUAAAUGGGAUGUGAAGGAGCUUGAGGCGAGGUUUGCUGAGAUUCAAGAGAAGGAUUUGUUGAGGUUUAUGAUUGCUGUGGAUUGA